UUACCUCAAAGUUAUAUUGCUUCGCAUUUUGCUUGCUAGUUGAAAAAAUCUUCAAUCUCGACAAGCAAGGCCAAAGCUUCCAGAGCUCGGCCAAUCAGAUAUGGCAAGUCGUUUAUUGGUUUUACUGUUCUGCGUGAAUCCGAAAGGUUGGAAGGAGUUCGCUUAUCUCUGCGCCUCCCAGAAUUGAUGCCGAAUAGAUCCAUUCUUUGCUCCAUAGCGCCGGCUAGUCGUGGAAACCCAUCCCAAGCAGACGAGAUAUAUUGUAUGAAAUGAAUAGAUUGAGAACCAUUCUUGCUCACCUCACAUUCCAUGGAUGAAGAUAUCUCGGGAAUGUCCCAGACUCCAAAUCAAGGCCGAACUGUUGACAAAGUCCGUCAUGAACGCCUCAGUCAUCCCAGACAAUUCAUCACCAUACCACUCCCUAUUCGUUCCCGACAUCCAUCCCAUAAGAAAGUGCAGCCCGAAGUCCCAACUUAUAUUCAUGGAAAGUAUAUCAAAUGUCCAAAGCUUUUACCUGUCUUCGAAAACAACGAGAACACAAGUACUCGCCCUCACCAUCCCAAACCUCUUUUUCAACGCCGACUUCAAUCACUCCUCACUAUCCUUGAAUUCUCUAAACGCCAUCUUUCUCGCAAUCCUGGAGCUCGUCGUGUGGCGCAUCUCCUCUACUGACACCCCAUCGCACGUCGAAUCUCAUCAACUAAGCAUUAGCUGGUUGAUCCUCACAAGGACAAUGAAAUGUCGCCCAUAUCACACCAAAGAUUCGAUCUCAGCCUUUGGAGCGGUCUCUUCGAACAACACCACCCGGUACUUCGCGUGAUUUGUCUUGCUUUCAUCCCGGACAUUAACGCAAGUGCGGGGUCGACUCUAUUGCCACGCCCGACAUUGACGGGUAGCUUAUUGUUCCGAGUCGAUUCGGAGAUUUGGGGACUGGGGGCAUUCUUUC